AGCCGCUCACUAAGCGCUGCUACACAGACAGUAACAGUAAACCCCGAAGAGAGCAGGAGCCGCCGAGAGCUCCUUCAGGGCCUCUGCAACAUCUUUUUUUUUUUUAAUUCGAUUUUCACGGCACACCGUGUGACGGAUAAUAUCUGUGCGUGAAUCCGCAUCUGCACGAGUCAAGAUGAGGUUUACCAUUCUAACGCUGACGACUGUGCUUUGCCUCACGUUAGUGAGCUCGCAUCCGCUUCCGGAAGACGGACUCCGAUCAGAGGCCCUUGAUCGGCUGGUGAUGGCCGAGGCCGACAGCGAGGCCGCCCUGAGGAGCAAAAGGACAAUCGGCAUUCUACGACAGCUAUUCCCCGAUAUUUCCCAGGACGUGAACCCGGAAUCGGAGAAUCGAGUGAACGAGAUCGGUUCGGAAUCGCAGAACAGCGAGGUGCGAGUGCAAUUCGCGGACGAAGUGCCGAGCGACAGCUCGCCGCAGGAGUUGACGCCGCUGGAUGAGACCGAAACGACGGAGGAGGACGAGAACAGGAACAAGAGAUUCCUCUUUGGUUUCGGCGGCGGUAACGGCGGUGCCGGGUCCGGCAACUUCCUCUUCGACAUUAUCAGGCAAGCGGCCGACGGGGCGGCAAGAGCGGCGGGCACGGUGUACCGUGUCGUGGCCGGUACACAGAGCCUCGGGCUCGGGCUAAGCGCCUCGCGCGACGUGGGCCCGGCCGCCCCAGCUGCCGCCAACCCCGCCGGCGGUACUGCCACCCCGACGUCCGGCGCACCCUCGACCGCCGCCCCAGGAGCCGGCAUUCUACCACCGCUGGUGGCCGGAAGCGGAAGCAACCAGCUGGGCAACUCUUCGGGCAGCCCCGAGCACGGUAAGGCGGACGAGCAGGAGGCCGUUCCCGGCCCGGUCACCAGGUUCUUCGUCAUCGCCAAUCGAGGACUCUCGAAUCUCGUCCAGGAUCUCAUACUCCGUCUGGCGGCCACGAGCGAGCGCUUUGUCAACUUCAAGGCGCGACUGAUCACCUCCAUCAUCUAAGAACUCACACGAGGACUUGGGAUGAGGAAGCACAAGAAGGGACCCAGCCGGCGUUGGUACCGCCACGUGGAGGCACCGUCGCCGAGCCCACCUUUGCCAGUAGGAGCACGGGUACGACGUUGGCAACAGAAACCAAUCUCACGGUGUUGCCCCCUUGUCCCUGAGAUCCUGAACUCAAUUCCUUCGUCGAUGGCCGUCGAGCUUUUCGCGAAACCACAAGACACUUCGCCGCCAAAUGCAUUCCCCCCCCCCCAAGCGAUCGACUCGAUUUCGUUCGAUUUCGUUCACUCCAUUGUCUCUAAUUCCCCUUUGUCCCCCAUCCACUUGUCAACUCUCUGCCACCUUCUCUCCCUCUUUCUCUCCCCACUGCACUUCUGCUAUUUCUGUCUUUCGGUCAACUAGAGUAACGAAUAAUAAAGACAUUUCCGUAAACGAUCGUCGUUUUAGGACGAUCGAAACUUGAUCGUUACGGCGUGGCUCGUGCCGCCAUGGUACGAUGGAAGCACAUCGAGAGAGACGGUGAAACUGUAAAAUCGUUUUGAAUUUGUGAUAUGACACGCUCUCCGUUGACAGUUCGAACGAAAUGAUUCACGCACCGGCGACCACGGGUCGAAAAUUUCUCCGCGCGCUCUCUCGAGUAGCAGAGAGUCAUCCCUCGGCUCAAACUAUUUCAAUUCGCGCUUAAAGUAAGAAUAAAUAAUCUAUUUUUUUAUUUAAAAGGUGUAUGAUACGGAAGGCUUAUGGUUUCUUAACAGGGGUAAAACGCGUGCUGUUAAAAGGAUCGAAGAACAAAGUCAAACAUUUUCCCUUCGAUUGUUCACGCGCGAACGAUGCGUUUCGAUUGAACGUCGUCGAGCAAAUAAGAUUAUUUGUACAUAGCUAAUCCCGGAAUACAAUAAGUGCCCAGGCAUUCAUUGUUUCUACCUAUUUGUGUUUCUGCCACUGCUUUCUUAUCCAAUUUCCUCCCAUGCCCGCAUUUCUCUCUCUUUCCUGAAAAUUGCGGUGACGUAAAACUAGUGAAAUUUAGGCAAUUUAAAUACGCAAAACAGUAUUGAUUGGAGAAAGAGUGGAGCCAAAAUCUUUCCCGGUUUGUAUCUACUUCCGCUGAUACGGGUUUUAGAAGCCUGUCACCGCAGUGAACUAUCGGAGAAGACGAUUUUUCUCUUCUUGGAUUUUCUCGGUGCGGGAAAAUCCAAUAAGCGAUACGGUUUAAUAAACGUAAUGUCGUCAGCAUGUGAGACGCGGCGUUUCUCGUCCUUGUACCGAGCGUAUUAUUUCUUCUUUUAUGUAAAACGUCCCUGUUGUUUUUUGUAGUGCAAAUAAAUAUUAUUAUAAUAAGAA